AUGUCGUUCCCGACCAGAUCGCUAUCGACCCGACUCCCCGGUGCAGGGUCGCAAAACGCCUCCUCGACAGGUGCAUCGCCUAUGCUGGUUGCGCGCAUCGCAGAGAAGAAGGCAGAGUUGGAGCACCUGAAGGAGUUGCGGGACCUCAGCGCAGCAGUGGCCGGUCAGAUGGAAGCCUUGGAGCAGAAGCUAUCCACAUUGUCAGACGGCACGGAAGCGAUUGCUAUGGUUAUUGGAAACUGGCACAAUGUGCUGAGCGCCAUCAACAUGGCAUCUGCCCAACUCGCGAAACCGCCAGCAAACGAGCCGUCGGAGACCGAAGAACCCAGCAUGCCUCUCCCACAGACGCUGGUUCGCAUUCCGACCGAACAUGCCCCGACACUGCAGGCACAGGCCGAGAACGUGGCAGAGAACGCCGAGAAUUCAUCCACCAUAUGA